CCGACAGUGUCUAAGCGCGUACCUUGCCUUCCUUCACGGUCUGUUCGUCACAUGUCGAGUACUUUUACCGCGUUUUUUCAACAUUCUCCUUCUUUCCCUUACCGCGACUUCCAUGGGUACGCGCGCCCGUACGCUAAACUUACAUAUUAAUCAACACGUCGGUGUUUAGAAGGUGUAUACGAGGUGAGAGGGGAGAGAAAGGAAAACAGAAAAAGAACAAAAACAAAAACAAAAGAGAACGCAUUGUUCGCGAAUUUAUCGUCACGUAAAAAAUUCAUUUUCGCUUGGACAAAAUGGGAUGUGUCUCUCCUUUGAUUAUUAACAAUCAAUAACAUAUAUUUUUGAACCUUGUGUCCUCUCGUGAUACGUCAUUUUAAAUGAAAUUUUUUUGUCGAGGAUCAAGUAUGUUUCUUUCUUUCUUUCUUCUUUUUUUUUUUUUUUUUCGUUUUUUACUUAUUUUUUUUUUCGUCUUCUACCAUGUACGACAAAGAAAAAGGAAUUCUUAUACUGGAAGUAAAUUUUCCCCGUUAGUAAAUUCGCUAAGUAAUUUUUUAUCGAUUGAUUCUCGAACUCGUGUUCACAUAUGGAAACGUAAAAAUUCUAUAUCUCGUUCAUAUUUAACGAUAAACUGGGAGAUCUCGUGUCGUAUCGCGUCGCGUCGCGUCAAGUCGCGUCGCGUCGUGUUGUCUCGGUAGCGAAUAAAAAUUCUCCAAACGCUCUUGGAACGUUCCAAGAGGACGAUGGUUAUCCAAACGACGAUCGUGUUUCGAAAGAUAUACGAACUGUACACAUAUACUACAUAUAUAUAUGUAUGUAUGUAUGUAUGUAUGUUUGCGCGUGCGCGCGUAUGUGUGUGUCUAUGUAUUUGUAUGGAGUUAUAGUAGAAAACGACGAGAGACGUAAGGACUUUGCUCUAAAUUUAUGGGAAAAGUCGAGAAGAAGAAGAAGAAGAAGAAGAAGAAGAAGUAUGGACAUAGAAGUAGAAGUAGAAGAAGAGGAGGAAGAAGUUUCUUCAAAGCGGUAAUCGCGUUGGCUACCGAGUACGUGCUAUGCCACCAUUUUUGCACUCUUUCCGUGUAAAUAACAAACAUUGACGGUCGAUAAGGAAUCUUGUCUGCAUGGAAACCGAUCCGAUACAUCUAUCGUACCUGAUAACGCUACGAGUAUAUUGAGACGGACUAUUUAGUAAGAAAUAAAAAAGAAUUAAUGAAAAACGUUAAAGAGAGAAAAAAAAAGUGAGAUAAAGAAAAGAAUGAUAGUGAAAGCUUCGUAUUUCGCGGUGUAAAAAAUGUUACAAAAAAAUAAAAAAAUAAAAAAUGAGAAAAGAAUAAAAAGAAGAAGAAGAAAUAAGGAUGGAGGUUUCGUAUUUUGUCGUGUAAAAAAUUAAAGGAAAAAUAAAAGAUGAGAAAAGAAUAAAACAAAGAAGAAGAAAAAAUAAAGAUGGAGGAGUUUCCUAUUUUGCGGUGUUAAAAAAUUAAAAAAAAAAAAAAAAGAAAGAAAUAACAAAGAAAACUAAAAAAAAGGGAAGAAGGAAUGAAGAUAGAAGUUUCGUAUUUCGCGGUGUAAAAAAUUAAAAAAAAGAAAAAAGAAAAGAGAAAAAAGAUUUAUAAAAGAAUAAAAAAAAAGAGGAAAAAAUGAAGAUGAAGGCUUCGCAUUUCGUGGUUUGAAAAAUUAAAAGGAAAUAAAAAAUAAAAGAAAUAAGGAUGGGAGGUUUCGUGUUUCGCUGUGUAAAAAAUUAAGAAAAAAACAAAAAUAAAGAAAUAAAAAUAAAAAGCAUAAAAAAAGAAGAAGAAGAAGAAAUAAAGAUGGAGUAUUAAUAUUUCAGGAUAUUGUAGCUAUCAACCGCGAUGUAACACUUGAGAUUUAAACGAACCCAAAGUUGUUCACCGUACUCUUUCCUCUACUUAUGAAAUUAUUCACGGAUCUCGAUCCCGAUAGCCAGUUAAACUCUCCAUCUCUCUAUCUCAAUUAUGCUCGUUAAUUUAUCUCGAUCGUGGGAACGAUAAUGAACCUUCCUACGUCGUCUACCUAAAUCUAACCUCUUCGUUACCAUACCGUUGAUUAUUUUUAGUUUCUCUCGAGGAGAAUGGGAGAGGAUGCAAAAUGGAGAUAACGCGUUUACAUGAACCCAUCAGUAGGAGUAACGAGAAAAGGAGUAAACGGCGGAGGAUUGUAUUUCACCAUUGAGCCGCAGGAUGUUGUAGUCGAGCAAGGAGGAUCCGCCAGAUUGGAUUGCGAAGCGAAAAGUAUUUUUGGUCAGCCUACGAUACAGUGGCGAACGGACGAUGGCACGCCGAUUAAUUUUAUCGGGGAAAACUAUCGAUCGCAGCUAGCAAAUGGAUCCUUGUACAUAAAUAGCGUAUACGCCGGUAGUUCAGAAUUAACUGGAAGCUAUCAAUGCCUAGCAUCCGUAGAUGAUGUUGGAGCUAUUGUUUCUCGAACUGCAACGAUCAAACUUGCAAGUUUGCCUGGUUUUGAGAAAGAACCCCAAGAUACUAUGGUUUAUCCAGGACAAAUAGCCUAUUUGAGUUGCACACUUCCGGCCUCAUCUAGCUUAUUAAAAAUACAAUGGCUCAAGGACGAACGGCCUAUGAUACUCGACGAAAAUCGUAUGACGAUUAUGCCGUCAGGUGCUUUGGAGAUAGACGAUGUACAGAUUCAGGAUAUCGGAUCGUAUAGAUGUAAUGCAAGCGGUUAUGGACAGUACCGUUUAAGUAACAAAGCGCAAUUAGGGCUAUUAACUAGUGACAUCGACCAAGGAUCCUCACCGCCAAUUUUUAUUGCGCAACCUUCGCAACAAGUAGCCGUUGAAGGUUCUACCGUUACUUUGGAAUGCGCUGCUAAUGGCUAUCCUAAACCUACAAUUUUUUGGCUGAAAGAUGGUGUGUCUAUAGACUUAGGAUCGUUCGACUCUAGGUAUCGUAAAAUAGCCGCGUCGAGUCUAAUGAUCACCGAUCUUAAAGAAGCAGAUCAUGGCUCGUAUCAAUGUCGUGCCGAAAAUGAGGUUGAGACGUUAGAUUCUGUUGCCGAGAUCAUAGUUCAAGUUCCGCCAAAGUUUAUUAAGAAACCGGAAGAUAAAAUAGCCAGUGAAAGUCAAGAUUUAGAAUUUGAAUGUGAGAUUUAUGGAAAACCAGAACCAAAAGUUACGUGGUUGAAAAAUGGAGAACGAAUUACUGUUAACGAAUAUUGGCAAAUAAUUAAUGGUAACAAUCUUAGAAUCAAUGGCCUUCUUGCGAUAGACGCUGGAAUAUUUCAGUGCAUAGGAAUAAAUCCUGCUGGUAGUGUCCAAGCCUCGGCACGACUUACUAUUAAUCAACCUAAAAAAACAACCGCUCACAAAGCAACGACUCCAAAGUCCGUCCCAAAAAAAAAAUUACUGUAUCGUCCUUUAUAUAAUAAAACAUGGCAACAUCCCAGUACACUCUUAGGACACACAUUAUCGGCAUUUACACCAAAUCCUCCGUUAUCGAUCAGUCCUUCCGAUGAUCCAACCGAUCUUCCAGGAUUGGUUAAAUAUCCUAGCUCCCUUUACGAUCCAGAUACCCAUUUUGUAGAUGAUACAGAAAGCAUCGAGUCGAUUGAAGGCAGCGUACCAUCCGCUCCUAGAAAUUUGAGCUUAAUCAUCGUUACUGCAAGAUUCGUCACUUUACGUUGGCAAGAACCGGAAAAUACAAAUGGCGAUAUUUUAAAUUAUUACAUUUAUUAUAAACAGGAAGGUGUACAAAGAGAACGUGUUGUCAACACUCAAAAAUUAGAGGCAAUGAUAUCAAGUUUACAGCCAAGUAUGACUUAUCAGUUUCGAAUAGUUGCUCAAAAUUCAAGAGGUCCUGGUGCUUCUAGUGAAGUAUUACAAGUGACCACUCAGUCUGAGGCAAAUGUCCCAGGACCACCGAUGAAUUUAGAAGGCCACGCAACUAGCAGUGCAAGCAUUGCUUUGUCGUGGGACGAACCGCAAGUUAUUAAUGGACGUAUUUCUAAAUAUAUUAUCACAUAUACGGAGGGAGAUGUCGAGGAAAAAACACGUGAAACCACAAGUACAACGUACGAAUUGGUAGAUCUCGUGCCUUAUACAGAAUACAGUAUUAGAGUUCAAGCUGUCAAUGAAAAUGGUCCUGGUGCAUAUACUAGAGAUGUUCUAGUUCGAACACACAGUGCUCAACCUACACAACCACCCCAUAAUGUUACAUUAGAAGCAGCUAGUUCAACUAGUAUUAUCGUAAGAUGGGAACCACCGUUGGACGGUCAAAAUGGUAUUAUUACCGGUUAUAAAAUUCGAUAUCGUCGACACGAUCGUCGUUUCUCACCAAAUUCAGUUACAACCGAAGGAAAUCAACGUUUGUACGUGAUUACUGGCCUCGAAAAGCAUGUCAUAUAUCAAGUUCGAAUGUGUGCCUUAAAUGUUAAUGGAACUGGACCUUGGACCGAAUGGAUGACUAUAGAAACAUAUGAGAAUGAUCUAGACGAGACUAAUGUGCCGGGUGCACCUAGUCACAUAAGAACAAAAUCUAUGGCUGAUUCUAUAUCGCUUUGGUGGAAUCCACCGAAAGAUCAGAGUAUUAAAGUUAGAGGAUAUAGAAUUGGUUGGGGUAAAGGAUAUCCUGAUGUUGAAGAUCAAGUUCUUGAUGGAAAACAACGAUUUUUUACUAUUGAAUCUUUAGAACCUACAACGGAAUACGUUAUUUCUAUAAGAGCAACAAAUGAGGCUGGUGAAGGUCAGCCAGCUUAUGCAAACGUAAGAACUACAGAACGUUCUGUAUCCGAAUAUGUUGUGCCUUUAAUACCACCGGUUGGUCUUAAAGCGAUCGUUUUAUCAGCAGCUACUGUAGUACUUUAUUGGACUGAUACAACUCUCCCAAAAAGCCAAUAUGUAACAGAUAAUCGCUAUUAUGUCGUACGUUAUACGUCAUAUCAUCAUAGCAGCAAUCCUCGUUAUAAGUAUUACAACGCCACUGAUUUAAAUUGUAUGAUAAAUGAUCUAAAACCUAAUACACAAUACGAAUUCACUGUUAAAGUUAUCAAGGGAAAAAGAGAAUCACCAUGGAGUAUGGUAGUAUUGAAUCAAACUCAGGAAGCUGCACCGAGUUCUCCACCAAGGGAUUUAAGUGUUCAUAGUGUCGAAGAUCGACCGACUUCAGUAAUUCUACGAUGGCAACCACCUAAACAGCUAAAUGGACCAAUCACUGGAUACAUAAUCUUUUAUUCUACGGAUAAUAAUAAAUGGGAUCGUGACUGGUUGAUCGAAGCUGUGAUUGGUGAUAAGACAGAAUUUGUAAUCAAAAUGUUACAACCAAGUACGACAUAUUAUUUCAAGAUUCAAUCACGUAAUUCGAAAGGAUAUGGACCAUUUUCGACAACAGUUUCAUUUAAAACACCGCAAAGCAAUGGCAUUGAUAUCUAUGAUGAAUUGCAUGUUCGAGAUGACCGUGGUCUAUCCAAUAUAUUGAUCUACAUUACAGUAGGUUGUGCAGUUAUCCUGAUUACUGGUGUAGCAGUGGUCGUUGUUGUAAUGUGCUGUAAGCGUAAUCCGGAUUCGCCGGAUCGAAAGAAAGGAUAUAUGAAAGAUGCGAAUCUAAAAACAAAUAUUAAACCACCGGACUUGUGGAUUCAUCAUGAUCAAAUGGAAUUAAAAGCUCUUGAAAAGUCUUCUAUCAAUGGUGAAGCAUCUACGAGCGGUGUUGCUAGUAAUACUUUACCAAGAUCAGGAAAUCAGGAGUAUACUCAAGAUAAUGUACAUGGAAAUUCCAGUUCGUUAGACAAGCGCACAUAUGUACCUAGUUAUAUGGGUAACACUGAUGAGAAGUGCUCUACCCUGAGCAGACAACACAGUCGGGGAAGCCACAAACCUAAACUCAUAACACUUCCUGUCGACAGUGCACCUGUACAUCAGCCUAUAGCAACUGCAACACCAAUUGUCAAUAGCAGUUUGUCACAGCCAACAAUACACAGUACGUGCACGGAUGCUCCGUCGGUGAGACAAAAUUAUCCACGUACCGUGGCACAAUACAGUUUAAGCCGAGCGCACAUCACGUUAGAGCCAACACCAGAAUCGAGUCCAGAUUCUUGUAAUAUGCCAAGUUCUUACGAACCUCUACAAAGUCAAUUACCAUAUAGCCAAAGUGGACAGUCAUACAGUGGGAGUAGCCAGUAUGCUUCCAGUCACUAUGGCAGUGGUAAUCAGCCUACUAGUAGUGCUACGGCGUUAGAUAGUAGCACAAGUAAAAGGCUUCAAGGACAUCCAUUGAAAAGCUUUAGCGUACCAGCACCUCCUCCUCAAUCUGCUCCUUCUACCCCAGCACAGCAGAAACACGGAGUAUCACAAGUAACGGUAAGACCAACGAUGUCUGGUAGUCCGUAUAAAAAGCCUCAAGGGUCUACGUCGCAAUUAGCGAAGAACCGAUUAGCUUCGGUUUCUAAUCCAGCACAUACUUCCGAGGAAGUAGAACGAUUAAAGCCUUCAUAUAGCACAGAAGAAUUGAAUCAAGAGAUGGCCAAUUUAGAGGGUCUAAUGAAAGAUCUAAAUGCCAUAACAGCAUCUGAAUUUGAAUGCUAAAGUAGUAGCAGGUUCCUAAAUUUUGUGUGCCAUCCGAAUUGGAUAAAAAACAGUAUGACAACGCAUUCUCAAUGUUAGUACUCGAGAGAUCAAUUUACAAUGAUGAUUGCGUUAUGUUGUGGCUUUAUAUCGGAGGUUUCUCUUAUGUGUAUUUAAUUAUCUUUCCUUUUUUUUUUUUUUUUUUCGUUUCCCUUUUAUUAUUUCCCUUAAGUAUGUAUGUGAUUGACGAACGUCGAUGAACGACGUGAAUAACAGUUACUUAAAUCGGGCAAUUAAUAUGCUUAUCAGUGACAAGUUAUACGAAUUAUUAAAUAAUUAUUUUCCUAGUCGACAAUUUUGUUUGUCUCUCCUGUACUAGCAUUGUUUUAUUUUUUUUUUUUUUCUAUUUUUUUUUUUUUUUCGUCUUUUUUUUUCUGAGUGAAACUCAAAGUUCGUACUUGCCAAUGUAUUUCAACACUGUCGUGCAUUGUAUUUAUUAAGGACGUAAGCAUUUCAGUGUUGUGUUAUAAUAUCAAAGUGCCCAACGUGAAAAAUCUACGAACAAUCUAUUGUUUAUUUUAUUUUAUUUUAUUUUUUUUUCUUUUUUUUUUUUUUUUUUUGUUUGUUUGUUUGUUUUUCUCUCGUAACCUUUAGAGAAAUGUUAUUUCGCUGUGCGCAUACGAAUAAGGACGUAGGAUAUAUAGUAAUAUAAAUAAUUGGAACCUUAUUAUCGAGAAGAAGGUUCACAUUUGUUUAUAAGAAAAUUUGAAAAUCAAAGUACAAUAAUUCAAUUGAAUCGUACGAUGGGUUUAAGAGAAACGAGAGUAUAGAACGUUCAAAUUGUGGUACGGAUUGACUUUCGGUUAUCUUUUUUUUUUUUUUUUUUUUUUUAAGAUACUUGUAAUAAUGUUACGAUAUAAACGAUGAUGAUCUUGCCUAAAAGUUAAAAGAAAAGAAAGGAAGGAAAGAAAAAGAAAAAAAUGACAACGCUACGAUUUAACGUUACACGCGUUUGACACAAGACAGGUUUUUGUUUUUUUUUGUCAUUUUUAUAAUUACUAAACUGUCAUAAACUCUCAUUCUUCCAACCACGAUAUACAUACAUGCAUAUGUGCAUCUUUCGAUCGCAUAAAUUUAGCAAUUUAAAAAAGUCUAAGAUGACGAAUGAAAAUAUUUUUUCAUUUUUCUAUCCUCGUCUCCUCCCCCCUCCCACCACCACCACCACCCAUCCGGCCACUCUCAAUCAGCCUCCCCUUUCGCGCGUUCGAAAACUUUGCAAACUGUUUUUUACUCGAUCGUCGUGACGACGCGAAAUACGUUUUUGCGUGUUGCGAUAGAAAAUUGCACAAAAUGAAAAUAAAAAGAAAGAAAGGAAGUUUAUAUAUUUUAUGCUCAGACUUUUAGCAUAUAAAUGAGACGGUGAUUAUGAAAUUUGAUUUAAAUCAUGUUCACGCGUGUUAUUUUUAAAAAAUUUCAAUUUACGUUAAAUAUUUAUUUUUCUUUUUUCUUUUUUUUUUUUUUUUUGUUUUUUGAUUUUCAGGAAUAAACAUACGUACUUGAUUUUUCUUUUGCUAUCGCUUUAUUACAGAAAAAUAAUAUUGAAAUAAUUCAACAUUGAAAUAUUUCAAAACGAAAAAUAUAUGUGAUCGAUUUCUCAAAUAAUUAGAUCACUUUCAUAAUCAUCGUGUCUCGAAAAAUUAAAUGUAUAAAAGUUAAAUGUAUUUAUACGUACAUACAUACAUACAUACAUUCAUACAUACAUACAUACAUACUCUCCCAUUGAUAAAUCUUUGAUUUAUGCAUUUGUGAAAACUAAUAUAGCAUAUAAAUAUUUGAAACUCCUUCUUCGUGAUCUCAAAAACAUUAAGCUCAAUAUAAAUGGCAGCUCUUUAUGAAUUUUUCUUGCAUUUAAGGAAGGAAAAAGAUUUAAAAAAAAGAAAAAAAAAAGAAAAAAAAGAAAAAAAAGGAAAGAAAAAAAAAGAAAAGAAAAGAAAAGAAAAGAACAAAACAUAUUGUGUAUGUUAAUCUAUUUCAAUAUGUCGCCAUUCAUUAGAUAAUAGCAAAGAAAAAUGUAAUAUCACGAUCUCAUUGGGGGAAAAGUUACUUUAGAAUUUAUUAAUACUUAUAGUCUGUAAGAAAAAAAAGUAUAAAUGAUUUUCACGAGAUCAAACAUAUAUUAUUGCUAUAAGUUUAUAUACGAGCAUUUAUGUUCUCUCUUUAGAUUCGAAAAUUGAAAAAUUUCUCUUCGUUUAAUUAGUCGGUUAAAAGAAAAGAAAAUAUAUAUAUAUAUAUAUAUAUAUAUAAAUGAUUGAAUUCUUUUUCUCUUUUUUUUUUCCUUUUUAAAAGAAGCGACCACGUUUAAAGCGCCAAAGUAUUACCAAGACAAAAUUAUUAUAUAUAUAUGUGUGUAUAUAUAUAUAUAUAUAUAUAUAUAUAUAUAUAUAUAUAUAUAUAUAUAUAUAGAUAUAUACACUUAUAUAUAUGUUUAUUAAUUACUUCCUUAAUGAAAAAUUGAUUAUAUACAAAUAUAAGAAUUCGCAUACUUUGUUUUAGAGAUUUAUCAAUAAUAUAUGUUACAACAAGAGAUGCGUGCGCGCGUGAUUUCAUAGUGAACAUUUUUUUUUUUUUCAAUUCGUAUUUAAUUCUUAUAUCUUUUUCGUAUUCUCUCUCUCUCUCUUUCUCUCUCUUUCUCUCUCUUUCUCUCUCUCUCUCUCUCUCUCUCUCUCUCUCUCUCUCACUCUACCUAUCUAUCUAUCAAUUUAUCUAACGCAUACAAUAUUUAAGAAAUUUUUAUCCAUGCCGAGAAUCAUCGAGAUAUUUAAGACCUUUUCAAUGUAAGAUUAAUCGAUCGUCAGAGAUUUAUACGUUCAUAUCCUUUGAUAUACAUGAGGAUAUCGAUCACCAUCCCAAACCCUUUCACUUCCUAUGGCUAAGGACUUGCUUAAUAAGUAAUAAUUGCGAAAGAAAGUAGACUUUACAAUUCUUGAUAAAAAAAAGGAAAGAAGAAAGAAAGAAAGAACUUUUAGAGAGUGCAGGGUAGUAUAAUAAUAAUAAUUAUAAAUUAUAUUAUUAAUAAUAAUAAUAAUAAUAAUAAUAAUAAUAAUAAUAAUAAUAAUAAUAAUAAUAAUAAUAAUAAUUACAAUAACAACAACAACAACAACAACAAUAAUAAUAAUAAUAAUAAUAAUAAUAAUAAUAAUAAUAAUAACGAACGUAUAAUGCAGCGAAAUAAAGACGCUUUUAGGAAUUUCGAAUUUAUCUACGUCCGACAUUUUUAUGCACUUUUGUAUUUUCUUAAAUGCUACAUGAGAGAAGAGAGAUAUUGUACAAAAUAAAAUGAAACAAAACGAAAUAAAAAAAAAAAAAAAAAAAAAGAAAGGAAAAAGA